CCCUAUCGAGCACUUUGCGCCAGCAUCUCCCACUCUCACACCCUCCCACUAUACACAACCCCAGCACCCUCUCCACCACCACCGCCACCAUGUCCACCCAAGACGCUCCCGGACCCAGUCCUGCCCCCGCCCCCGAACCCUCCAACGGCGUCCCCCUUCCCCCAACACCCCAGCAACUCCAAUCCGCCCUCGACGCCGGAAUCUGGUACGCCCUCUCCCUCUGGCCCGCCCUGCACAUGGCCGUCCAAAACUCCUGGGGCGGCCCGGAUAGCUCCGACAAAAAGGACUGGUUCGCCGGCGCCGUCUCGGACUUCCUUAGCUCAGCCCCGGACACGGAUCACGAGGAUCUCGAAGUGUUCUUGCUGCAAGUGAUGCAGGAUGAGUUUGAUUGCAACGUUGAGGACGAGAGUGAAGUGGAAGUUGCGAGGGGGAUACUGGGGUUGAGGAGGAAGUUGGGGGAGGAGGAUGAUGGGAGGGGUGGGUUGGAGGCGUUGAGGGAGUUGGAGGGGCGGUGGCGGAAUCGAGGGCGCGUGAAGAUGGAGUUUGCCGUUGUGGAUAAUGGGGUUCAGGAUGAAGAUGGGGAUGGAGAGGAGGGGGAGGAGGGGGGUUGGGAUGGGGUGGAUGACGAGGGGGAUGUGGAUAUGGAUGCUCCUGAAGACGCAGUGCCGCAUGUGGCGCCUGUGGUUGUGAAGGAGAAGGCGGAGCCGGAGGUGGACGAGGAUGGGUUUACGAAGGUUGUUGGGAAGAAGAGGCGAUGAGUGCAAUCACAAACGAAUGAAUGAAUGAUAUGUGACCGUUGUCUGGCCAUGGGAA